AUGUCUGAGCUCGAACAUCUAGAGGCGGACCAGCCUGAGGAUGCCCAAAGCUGGCAAGGUGACUUUGACCCAUUCGCCGACGACGAGGAGAGACGGGUUCUCUUCGCCGCCUUUGAUUCUUUUAGGCUCUACCGACGAACAGCUCAUUUCAACACAACUCAUCGUCGGCGCCAAUCAUUCUAUGCUUUGCCAUCAACACACUGGCGAAUGCUCUCAGAGCCUCCAUUUUCUCUCCUAAACACAUUCAACCAAGUCGACGACGCUAUUGAUGCCAAUGCCGAUAUAGCCGAUGAAAUUCUCGCCAUGGGCCUUCAAUCAUUUGGCUUGAGUGCCGAUCCAGAUGUACAAGACCCUCAUCAAAAUUGGCAUGGCACUGCCACCAGUGCAGAUGUAGGGAAAGCAUAUUCGACUAUUCGUCAAUUUUAUCGUGACUGGAGUGAAGAAGGUAAACGGGAGCGCGAGGUGUGCUACGAUCCCGUACUUGCCGUUUUGAAUCAGUCCUUUGGUGGAUCAUCGCGUCCACGGUCUGAUUACCGGGUGUUGGUUCCCGGCGCAGGCCUCGGACGAUUGGUCUUUGACAUCUGCGCUGCUGGGUAUUCUGCUGAGGGCAAUGAGAUUUCUUACCAUCAAUUACUGGCCAGUAGCUGGAUCCUGAAUCAUAGUCGGGGUGCCCAGCAACAUGCUCUAUAUCCGUUUGCAUUACAUUUCUCGAACAUCGUUUCUCGACAGCAGCAACUGCAGAAGAUAAUGAUACCGGAUAUCCAUCCAGCUUCUGCGAUGGCUCUAGCUCAGAGCAGCGAAGAUGGCUCCAGUUCAUUUGGAAAUAUGAGCAUGUCCGCCGCUGACUUCAUUCCCUUGUACAGCGGUGAAUCGCAACGGAACACAUUUGAUGUCGUUGCAACGGUGUUUUUUAUCGAUACAAGCCCAAACUUGAUUCGAUAUAUUGAGACGAUCAAGAACUGUCUCAAGCCGGGCGGCCUAUGGGUCAAUGUUGGCCCUUUACUGUGGCAUUUUGAGAAUGAGAAACGACGGACUACCGCUGAUCAUGAAAAUGAAAGUGAACAUGAAGUGAAUGGAGGAGAGCAUGCAUUGACCGUGUCGAAUGACGGGAUAGGUGAACCGGGUAAUGUUGAAUUAUCAGAAGAAGAAGUUUUCCAUCUUGUCCAGCGCAUGGGGUUUACGAUUGAGGCUCAACAAGCGCCUGCAGACAGGCCGUAUUGUGGAUAUAUACAGGAUCCGGAGAGUAUGUUGCAGAAUCUGUAUCGGCCUUCGAUAUGGGUUGCUAGGAAGAAUGAUACUAGCGAAUAG